GAACUCGAUGGGAAAUUGUUGAGUAUGACUUUCAGCAGGAUAAUGCUACUGUUCAUACAAGCAAACUGACAAGGACAUUCUUUGAUAAUUCGGAUAUAAACGUGAUAAAAUGGCCUGGACAGAGCCCUAAUCUUAAUCCUAUUGAACAUCUAUGGGAUGAGCUUGAAAGGCAAAUUAGAAAAUCAGCAUUUCUUCAGUCAUCGUCAUUAUCUCAACGGAACCCUCCACCUGUAUCUGAGAGGGAAUUAGCUGUAAUUCUUCAGGAAGAAUGA